CUCCCGAUGGGUGUGCGGCAGGUCGACAUUUUGCCGCAAAAUGCGGCGAAUAGGGAAUUACGCUCCCGACCACGACGCCCUUUCCCGCCGCUCCCCGCGACCCCGCCUGCCUCGCCGGACGCCCAGCCGCCCAGGAGCCUUCUCCCUCCCGCCUCCCCAUCCAGCAGUCCCUCCCGGCGCUCGGCGCCAGCCGCGCCCACCACACGUUCCCGCCCCCUGCGGCCCUGCCCCGGCCGCCUGGCGCCCCUGGAAGCUGCAAGCCGGCGCCCGCCGCCCAGUCCGCACUCCAACACUCCCGUUGCUCAGCAGUUAGCUCGAUUUAAGGAGGACCACCCUGUUUUCAAAUCCUAGAUCUGCCACUGUUGGCGUCUGAUGGUGACCAUGAAGACGAAGGAGCUGGAGGACGGGGUGCCCGAGGAGCGCGUGCCGCACCUGCCAUGGAUGCGGCACCCGGUUGACAUCGACUCCUUCUUGGGCUGCCCUGUGAUGAGCCUCCCCCGCCUAGACCCCAGUAAGGUGCUUGCGUGCUUUGAUUGUGCUACCUACACGGGAUUUAGCAUUGCAGAGGUUUUUGAUGCUAUUGCUCCUGUGGUGGGCUUGGCAGUAGCAUCAGCAGUUGGUCAAUCGUCCAUCGCGGAUGAAAUCUCAGAUCUGAUCAAGAAGUCCAAACAAGAGCUUUACCCAUCUCUUGAUGAUGAAUAUGUUGAAAUGGAACCACAGACUAAAGUUGAUAUAUUGGUGGCAACUCCUGGAAGAUUGAUGGAUCAUAUCAAAAUGACAAAAGGUUUUAGUCUGGAGCAUCUUCAAUACCUGGUUGUUGAUGAGACAGAUAGGAUGUUAAGAGAGGCAUAUCAGUCCUGGUUACCAACAGUUAUCCAGUUUACUCUCCCAACUAAUCAAGAUCAUUUCCAGGAUGACACUGCUGGACGAACUCUACUGCAUCCAUUGACUACCAUUAGAAGAUCGGGUGUCGAGCGAGGGUUUAAAGGUAAAUGCUAUCCAAGACUGGCAAAGAUAGUCUGUUCUGCUACACUGACGCAAGAUCCCAGCAAACUUUCUCAACUUGAGCUGCAUCAUCCUUUGCUGUUGAAUAGUGGGAAGAAGCGUUACAGAAUUCCUACAAAGCUGGAGUCCUACAAGCUGAUCUGUACAUCAAACAUAAAGCCGCUAUGUCUCAUUGUUCUUCUCCAAGAGCUGUGCGGGGAGAAGUGCUUGGUUUUUACUAAAUCUGUAGAUGAUAGUCACAGACUAAGCACUUUCCUGGGAUUUUUCGAAGAGUUGCCCUUUAAGUUUAGUAAAUUUUCAAGUUUGCAGCGUGAAUCUACUCGAAGGAAGACAUUGGCAGCCUUCAAGGAAGGGAAAAUAGAUGUUCUGAUUGGCUCAGAUAUAAUGGCUCGAGGAAUACAUAUUGAUGGUUUAAAAUAUGUUAUCAACUACGAGAUGCCACAGUAUGUGAAAACAUACAUCCACCGAGCAGGCCGGACUGCCAGGGCAGGCGAAUCUGGUUCUUGCUUCACGUUUUUAAGGAAAAAUGAGGUUAAAAAAUUUGACAAUAUGCUGAAGAAGGCAGGUGGUUCUAGCUGCAUCCUACGCUCCCUGCCCGAGGAACCAAUAGAAAGCCUUCGCCCACUUUUUGAGGCUGCUCUGGAGAAACUGAACGGGUCUGUGGAACCAGAAGCAUCAAAGAAGUCUAAUAAGUCGGGAGAUAAAGCGCCGGGAUCUUUGAAAAGAAAGAGAAGCAAACAAACGUGAAUCAAUAGAUUAGUUGGUUUUCCCUAACAUCUUAAAUCUCCAUCUGGUACAUAUAUUUGGGAUGACACGACAGUGAUUUGAUAAUGGUGCGAGGAUAAAGCAUGUGGUUUAGUGUUUUCGGGGUUGAUCUAUUUAGAGUGAAUAUUUGUUCGUAAACCUGGAAGCUAUAGGUACACAUUUGUAAUUGCAUUUUUUGUAGCUUAGCGACCGCGAUUGCAUA